AACAUAACAGGAGCGUCGUGAGGCAUGAGCACCAUUUUGAACGCCAACAACGCGCGUUUUCUUAAUACGAUUUAUUUUUCUGAGUUUUGUGUUUUUUUUUUAGUCGUGCGUUAAAUGGAUAAAACUGCUAGGAACCAUAGCGAUGGCAGUCAAAGAGAUAAUAAUUCUUUAGGCAUAUUAAGUUUGGAUAAUUUGAAAGAUUUUGGGGACAUGUCCAAUUUAAACAAAAGCGGCAGUGCAAAUACGAGUAGGGAGUCACUAAAUGUUCACGAGCGGCUCAAGGCGGGAAGACUAAAGGCUUUGGAGACUUUGGGAAAGCCACGACCCCGCUCAAGUUAUGCAUUUGAAGAGCACUACAAUAACGAAGGAAGCAAGUUUACACCCGAUAAUCGUGUGAGUAUUGCGUCCAGCCGCCAAAGCAACAACACAAACAUUUCCGAUCUAAUCACUGAGGAAACAAUCGACCUUAAUUCGAGUGGCUCCGUUCUGAUGACAACGACUGCUCCUACUGGCACAAACAUCUUAUUUGAGCCUGGCGAGAUAACAGGACGUUCGACAUUAUGCAAAAGCGGAAAAAUUGACUCAAAGCCUGGCAAACAAAUCUCUGUGGCUGAUAUACUAAGAUCCUCUUUUGUGGAGAAAGCGCGUGUACAAUUUGCCAAGCAGCUGGAGAACGUGCCAAUUACUGAAAACUCGAGCCAUAGCACUUUGAGUGAUUCGUUUAGUUGCUCUCGCAGUUUGCCACGCACUGCAGAUAUGAGCAAUUCGAGCCUUAAUGGUGGUUCGGGUAUAUCCUUCGGCUCUGCGGGUCAGGGAUAUGACGAAAGCUUUGCUCCAGCUGAAAUGAUGCAGUCACAGCUAGUGAUGGGCGAAAUAUCAUGGGCUCAGGAAUUUGCCGUUGUCCCAACGGCCACCCUCAGCAAGCAAGCAUUGGAAAAGAUUGCAGCUCCGACUCCGCCGUCGGAAAUCGAUAAUUUAGUAUCCAACUCUAUAAUUGCUGGAGAUCCAAAUUUUUCUUUGGGCAAUUACUUUCAAAUGCGCUCAGAAAAUUUGUCAUUCAUCGUGGGUCGGUCUAGCCGAGGUGGGAAUCCGCAAGUUGAGCAAAAUACAACAGUAAGCAGCGCUGGUGUGAAAACGCCACAAGUGGAGAAUAAGACUUACACCAAGGUCGAAAGCAACGCAAAGCUCGAACGCAAACUUAUGAACAAAAUGCAACAGGAUGAUUUUAAUAAGGCCGUGCAGGCGGAAACAAAGAAAGAGCCAAGCAGAUCGGAGUUAUUUAGCUUGUCCGCAAUUGAUGCAGCUUUACGCAACCUGGACGUGAAUUCAGGUACAUCUGUACAUGAGGUUGUAAACAGGGUGCGUACACAUGGCUAUGACUACGAUUUUGAUGAUGAGGACAAAGAGAAUACACUCUGCACAUCGAGAUCCCGAUCAAAUGUUGCAGACACUAUGAGUUUUACAGAUUCACUAUUGAAUUCAAGUGAUUUUCAACAAUUGCAAAAGAGCUUGGCAUCAACAGCGGAACGACAGCCAUUAAGUCCGCUGGCGGACUAUAUGCCAAGCCAACCUAGUAUAUUAAUUACAGCUAGUGCAGAUCAUGAUGCAGACAUAGAUGAAUGGCCAUCGACACCAGUGAAGUCGCCGGGACGUCGUGUGCGCCACACAAAACCACCGAAUAAACGAGGGGUGAGCCCAACAAGCAGCGAUGGUGUUAAACCUUUGCCCACCUCAGAUGAGGAUAGGGAUGUAGACGAGGAUAAGACACCGGUCAACAAAUCACGUAAUAAUACUCUGCCUGUUGUACGCAUUCAAAAUUCAUUCUGUUCCACACGUGUUGAUGGCUGCGAUGUUGUGCCAUCUUCCUCCGAAUGCGACUUUGGCAUCUCUCCGAAUCUGGCUCAUAGUGUUUCUGUUUCCAAUUUGCAACACGUUUCGCCGUUAUCGUCGCCACGCAGCUGUUUGUCCUCGCCCCUGCUAGACAGCACAACAAGCUCGGAACGUCGUCUUUUAACCGGUACAAGCUUAGCACGCAGAGUUAAUACCUCUCCGGCACCCAGCGACGCGAGCUCCACAAGUGGAUUUAACGCAAUGCGAAAAGUGGGCAGUGGUACACAGCUGAGUGUAGCACCGCGCAGUAUGUCACGCUGUUCCAACUCGAGCGAGUUCAGUCAUCGCGAUGGCAAAUUGCUGCCUUUGAAGGUGACCCACACAAGCCUCUGCUGGGGCAGCACGAAGCUUCGCACAGAUGUGCGCAAAUCAAUGCAAAUUAAGAAUACAAGUGACAAACGGCUGGUGGUUCGCCUGUGUAUACAAGGACCUGGCUUUCAAUUGGUCAGCGGUGAUAGCAAUGCCAUCACAUUGCAGUCCAUGGAAUGCCGCAGCAUUGGCAUCAACUUUUGUCCGACGGUCAGCGGCGCAGCCAUUGGAGCACUUAAGUUUUAUGCUCCGUUCGGUGCCAACAAUUGUCAGCAACCAGGCUUGGAAAUUCCUCUAUUUGGUUAUGGAGGUAACGCCGCGAUUACUAUACAAGGAUUACUAAAAGGACCUGUUGGCGCCAGCUUUCUAACCAUUGGCAAUGUUUGCGAGCUGUCUUCGGGUCCACUGAUGGCUAGCUUUAAGUUCUACAACAGGGGACCGCUGCCAGCCUUUGUAGGCAUCGCAAUCGAUUCGACGGUGUUCUUAAAACCACGUCUGAAUGCCGCCUUCGAGGUGCGUCCUAGCAAAGUUAUACUUCCUCCUCAUAGCGAGGCUGUGGUUCAGGUUGUAUUCCGACCAAAUCGUGAUGACAUCAAGAACAUUCUCAAGAAGACGUCACAAGUGCUCACAUUGGCUAAUAUGCGGGUUUUUUGUGGUGAUGAACCUAAUCGACAGCGUAUGCGAGCCUUGGUGCAGCGGAUGACGGCCGAACAGCGUGAGCAAUUAACCUCAUCCAUGCUGGACAACAUCUUGUGCAACUUUCCAAGUGAACAGUCUAUACGUAGCAUAGCCAUGCUAAAUGAGCCUCCAGAAUUUAUACUUGACCUAGUUACUGUGGUUCGCAUUAUUGAUGUAGCUAUAACUUUAAAUCGUGACUUUGAUGAGUCUGCUGAAACAUCACAUCUUUGUUUGCCGGAUGCCGAGGAGACCAUUCUAUUUCGUACUGUUUGUGCAGCCACUUCUCCAACUCCCAGUCACAUGCUAGACCCGGUUGAUGAAUUACACGAAGUGGAUACGACUUCAGCUAUGGAACCGCAAUCGUUGGAGCGUAACUGGUCCGUGCAACCUGCGACCAUUGAGAUUGACUUAUCCAACAGCGGCGGCUUGGACGGACUUAAGCUAUUCAUCAAGAACAACUUCAGCUCUCGCCAAUAUAUUGAAUUGAAUUGCAAUGUUCCAGACAUAUUGCACAUUUCUCCAAGUGAAUGCUAUGUGGCUCCAGAUGGUGGCCAUGUGGAAGUUCUCGUACGACCAUUGCGUACACCGAUCCGAGAAAUACUUAACAAACAAAUGCAAGUCGUUGUCGAGGUAUCGAUGGAGAGUGAACGCAUUAAUGUGCCCGUUACUUUUAAAGUCUAAAUUUAUAUAAAGUUUUUUUGGGGCAGUUAUCACUUAGCGCCUU